AAUCGUGACAUUCAAUCAAAAAGCGAUUUAUUUAUUUCUAUGUGUGGUUUGACAAUAUGAUAAGGCAAUGCCUUGUAAUACCUGCAGCUAUGUUAGCAAUGUUAAUAACGGCAAGGUUUUUUUACCAUUCGAUGAAAACGUCCACAAAGGUCUUGUUAAAGUCCAAUGGCCCUAGGGGCAACCUGAACGAACCUCAAAACUGUGAUGAAAAGGAAUAUGACGCUCGAGAAAUGCGCCUUCGCAUCGACUUGGUGAAGAAAUACACGAAAGAACGAUCUUUCUUUCGUGAAGCGGUCGUUAUUUUUGGAACACCCGAUGGAUCUUCGGAAGUCUUCGGGAGUAUCAUCAGCAGUGAUGCUAAGGUUUUCUAUUUGCCGAAAGUUUUGAACAAGCUCUCUUACUACAUGAAACAUGAACCUACAAUAGGGUUUCCACUGGCAACAGCUUUGAUUGAAGAGGUCUUGAAGUGUAACUUUGAAGAAAAAGAGUUUUUGCUUCAUCAUUUGAUGCAAGACAAGACACGUAAUCUUUCUCGAACACUUCUUGGAGCACCAGAGUGCGUUGCUAAGGAACGGUAUGGAGCCACCUUAACUGCUAAUAAUCGAUGCACCAAAGCAUUUUCUGAUUGGCUGGCUACAGAGUGUGACCAGAGUGAUCAACUACUUAUCCAGACAGAUCAACUCAAAUCUAUUUUAUCGCUUCAAGUGCUUAUGACCGUGCCAAAAUUGAGGUCGCUUUCAAUCAGGGUAGUCCACGUCGUGCGAGAUCCUAGGGCUGUUAUUCAUGACAUCUCAAAGUCGGUUACUAAGGAACUUUCAGGGGAAGAGCUUGGGCUUACAUCCUAUAGGAUCUGUGCACAAAUGAUGUUGAACGUUAAAACUGGUGAGAACCCUCCAAAUUGGCUAGAAGGUCGCUACCUUCUCGUCAAAAUAGAGGAUUUUUUAAAUAAUCCCAAACGAGAACUUGCAAAGCUAAAUGAAUUCCUCAAGAGAAGAAACAAUUCAUUUGGUAAUUUAGAGUCUUUGUUUCGCGUCCAAAAGGCUCAAAAGUGGAGGUCGGAAAUGUCUCCAGAGAGCGUACGACUGGUGGAAGAAAAAUGCGGGAAGGUCCUGGCGCUUUUGCGUUAUAAAAAGGUCGCGUGAUUAUGUCUGCUGUAU